CGCAGGCCCGCGGCCACGUCGCGGCCCCGAUAAACAAUGGCCGGCACCGAAUCCUGUUGACUUCCACCGCCACCCCCUAGCCCGUCGCCGUCCUGCCCUUUAUAAGCCUUUCAAUCGCCCCCACACACCUUCGUCUUCCUGUACCUCCAUCGCCUAAGUUUUCACACUCGUCUAGUAUUAGCUAGCUCUCCAUCUUCUCGUGUAGACACAGGACUGCAACAACCCGUAAGGCCGUAACCUCCCAGAGCUGCGAGACAAACCCAACCUUUUCAUUUCUUGCUCGAUCGCCGUCCAAUCCGUCUCUACAGUUCUGUACCAUCUCGGUCGAUGGGGCGCGCGCCGUGCUGCGAGAGGACUGGGCUGAAGAAGGGGCCGUGGACGCAGGAGGAGGACGAGAAGCUCGUCGCCUACAUCAAGAAGCACGGCCAGGGGAACUGGCGCACCAUGCCCAAGAAUGCCGGCCUGGAGCGUUGCGGGAAGAGCUGCCGGCUGCGUUGGACAAACUACCUCCGGCCGGACAUCAAGCGCGGCCGCUUCUCCUUCGAGGAGGAGGAGACCAUCAUCCAGCUCCACAGCAUCCUCGGCAACAAGUGGUCAGCCAUUGCGGCGCGGCUGCCGGGACGCACGGACAACGAGAUCAAGAACUACUGGAACACGCACAUCCGCAAGCGCCUCCUCCGCAUGGGCCUCGACCCCGUCACCCAUGCGCCGCGCCUCGACCUCCUCGACCUCUCCGCGCUGCUCAAGCCCGCGGCCGCCUACUACCCCACGCAGGGCGACCUCGACACGCUCCGCGCGCUCGAGCCGCUCGCCGGCUACCCGGACCUCCUCCGCCUCGCCUCCACCCUCCUCGCCGCGCCGACGCCCGCCUCCACCACGGCCGAGCAGCAGAUGCUCCUGCCCUGGCUCAUCCAAGCGCAGAUGGCGCAGCAGGCCUCGAAUCAGCAGGCGCCGCCGCAGCAUGCCACGGGUGCAGACCAGUUCAUGCCGCCCAACUCGGCGUACCAAAUGCCAGCCCUGGUCCACGCGAACCCCGCGCACCAGGAUCACAUGGUGGCCUGCGGUGACUACACGCACCUCCCUGCCUACGAUGGCCAGGUCGACUACAUGCCGCCGCUGAUGCAGAUGGUGUCAGACACGUCCAACCAGCAGUGGAGCGGCACGGUCAGCAGCAGCAACAACAACUGCAACGUCGGCUCCGGCGUGUCCACGCCGUCGUCGAGCCCCGCUGCGGGGCGCGUGAACUCGGCUUCGACGACGACAACGUUCUGCGCGAGCGCCAGCAGUUUUGACGCCAUCAGCGCCGCCGACACCGCCGGGCUGUUCGACAUGCACCUGUCCGAUCUCCUUGAUGUGAGCGACUACAUGUAGCUAGUGAAAAUUAUUCCAAGUACGGCUUUCCACACCUGCGUGGAAACUGGAAACCAUGCAAGUCGAUUGAACAGUUGGCCACGUACCGACCGAGAGGGAGCAAAACAUGCAUGAUGAUCGCACGGCCAUUUUUGUACAGAGUUAUUUGUACCAUUUUUAUCCAGUUCAUGAUAACUGGCUACUGUUAGAAUCUUCAAUUCGAAUUUCUGGUUUUUAUUA